AUAUUCUCACCAAACUUCUCUGAAUUUUGUCUGUCCACAACAAAUUCUCAAUGGCUCAACCUACAUUAAUUGUGGCAAUUUCUGUUGUUAUUCUGUCACAUUUGUUCAUCUCAGGCACUAAAGCAACAACCUUUACCAUAGUAAACAACUGCAAUUACGUCGUAUGGCCUGGAAUUCUCUCAAACGCCGGUGUUCCAACGCUUCCCACAACAGGUUUCACUCUCCAAAGAGGCGAAACCAAAACCAUCACCGCACCGCCAUCAUGGGGCGGUCGCUUUUGGGGUAGAACCCAUUGCUUAGAAGACUCCACCGGAAAAUUUUCAUGUCUGACCGGAGACUGUGGCUCCGGGAAUCUCGAAUGUUCCGGGAACGGGGCUGCUCCGCCUGCCACUUUAGCUGAAUUUACUCUGGAUGGUGCCGGUGGGUUUGACUUUUUCGACGUCAGCUUGGUGGACGGCUACAACGUGCCUAUGUUGGUGGUUCCUGAGGGUGGCAAAGGUCAAAAUUGUAGCAGCACCGGCUGCGUUGUGGAUCUCAAUGGCUCGUGUCCUUCGGAGCUCAGGGUGACGGACACCACCGACGGAAGGGGUGGCGUCGCGUGCAGGAGUGCUUGCGACGCCUUCCGCCAGCCUCAGUACUGUUGCAGCGGCGCGUAUGCCACACCCGAUACUUGCAAGCCUUCUUCCUACUCCCGAGUGUUUAAGACGGCUUGCCCACGCGCCUACAGCUAUGCGUAUGAUGAUAAAACUAGCACCUUCACAUGUGCCAACGCCGAUUACACCAUUACUUUCUGUCCUUCUCCCAACACCAGCCAGAAAUCAUCGCAAGAGCCGACAACCCAAGGAGAAAACACGGCAACAACGACGACAACUCAAGGAGAAGACACGGGAACAACAACCACGAUGCCAUCGUCACCUCUUAGCAACACCACAAUCGUGUACGACGGCUUAUUCGACGAGAGUGGGGUAUCACACCCCAUCGCGGGAGCCGUCGGCAUCAUUGUGGCAAUUUUGUGGUCAUGGGCAUGGCAGCUCUUCUAAUUUGUAUAUGGGGCCGUAAACUUGACAGAGAGGCAAAACCCUAUCAAACUUGAAAAUCCAGUCAUGACACAGAAAGCUCACCUGUAUAUUGAAUUU